AUGGGUUUUGACAUGGUGUGGUGUGAGUCAAGUGCUCUACGAGAAUCAAACCGCGGUCUGGCACAGCUUUGUCAACCAGACGGAAGAGAACCACCUGGCCUUCAGUAUCCCAGCCUGCAUCUGCGGGAUCAGUCCUUGCGGAUCGUCACAGAGGUGCUGGGUUCGGAUCCGCUCCACGUGUCCGUCCGGCACAAGACGGGCCAGCUCACGUGGGAGCACAAGAACGGGGUCCAACUCAUCGGCAAGACCGUCUGUCUGGAGGACAUAUCAUCGUCAUUGGGCGAGUUUGAGAAUCUGACGCUCAUCUUGAGCACGUAUUCGAGCCAGCCCGUGGAGCUGAAGGCGCGGAUUGCCCUCAUCCAGAACUACAUCCAGGCCACGGGCUCCAAGGUGGCCGAGGUCUCGUCCACCCGACCCUACGUGUGGACCUUCAUUCCGCCCAAGACAAUGCAGCAUACGCACGUGCGGGUCCAAGUCCAAUCCGAGGACCGUCACAUCUGCGGACUCAUCUCGGUCUCACCGCUGGGUUGCCCGUACCACGACGUGGAGGCCGAGGCCCAAUACAACGCCCGAUGGCAAACCAUGUUGGGUCACGCCACGAUCGGUGUCAAACUGGAAGGUAAAUUUGAGCACGGCUUCAACAUCGUGGCCUUGACCCGCAGCCACGACGGCACGUGCUUGGCGUCCCGUCGUGCUGAUACCCCGUUGUCCAGUGGGAAGCGGGUCAAGACCUUGCGGGUGGAGGUGCUGCCGGAGCCGGACUCCAUUCAACUCCAAGUGCUGAUCAUCACGGGCGCCGUGUUUGGUUUGAUCGCGGGCCUGUGCCUGAUCUCGUACUUUUGCCAACUGCCCAUGGAGGGCCAGGUCAUCUACAAGCUCCAGCAGAUCCGUAAGGAGAAACCCGAGGCCUACGAAGCGAUACAGAGCUCCAUGUUCCGUUAUCGCGUGUCCCAAUCGCCACCCCCACCCCCGCCCCUGGAUUCGAACCGCUCGGAUGCAAAUCACCCUGGAACCGAUGAUGUAGACGGGGCCAUCCCUUCUCAGACGUAUUCCGUGGAGAGUACGCUGAGCCAACGCUCCAGCCGGACCGUGAUCGAAUUGCAGGCGUUCACGGCUGAGGAUGAGGUGGAUUGCCGCUCGCUGCCCUAUCAUCAAUGUGCCAAUUUGACGGCAUUGUCAUCCAAGGAGGUUCGCAUUGUGGGCACCCAGACCCUGGACUCGUUGAUAGUGGAGUCGUUCAAGACAUUCAAGCGGAAGAAGGAGGCGUCUGUGCGCGAGACCAAGCACGACAGGAAUCUCAUGCUGGACCACAUGGCCAUCAUGUAUGACAAAGACAUUUACCCGUCGUCCAUCAAGCUCAAGUCCAGCCUCUACACGUGGAUCAUCUUUCUCAUGGGAACGUUCUACACAAUCCCUGUGGUGCAGUUGCUCCUGUUCAACCAGAACACGUCCAUCUUCCAGGGCAACCUGGACGUCUGCUACUACAACUAUCGCUGCAAGUACGCCUUCAUGAAGAUUGAGGACUUUAACCACUUCUUCAGCAAUAUCGCGUAUAUCGGCCUGGGCUGCCUGUUCCUGGGCAUGACCAAGAUCCGCCAGACGCGCUUCAAGGAACUUGUGCGGAUGCGCAACUUUGGCCAGACCUACAAGGUACGUCGUGGCGUGCCCGAGCAAUAUGGCAUAUUCUACGCCUUGGGCGGCGCCAUGAUCAUGGAGGGCAUCUUGAGUGCCUGCUACCACAUCUGUCCCACCAAGAUCAACUUUCAGUUUGACACCACAUUCAUGUACGUGCUGGCCAUCCUUUGCUUUCUGAAGAUCUACCAGUUCCGCCACCCGGACAUCACGACCAAUGCCUACAUUGUGUUCUCGUUCAUAGGGGCGGCCUUGCUCCUUGAGGUGAUUGGCUACUAUUGGGAUAAUUUCGUAUUCUGGCUAGCCUUCAUUCUGUUCUACCUGUUCAUCAUUCUCUCAUUCAUCAUUCACACCUACUACUACGGGCGUUUUGCGGUGCUCAAGCGCUCUUGGAGCGACAUCCUGAAGGGGCGCCAAUUGUCCGGCCUGCGUCCGGCGCGCCAAAUCAAGUUUGGCUUGUGCGUUGUGGUGACCGUGGUGAACUGCGCCCUUGCCGUGUUCUUUCUGCAUCGGCGAGAUCCCGGUAUCUCCAAGUACUUGCUCAUCAUCCUCAUCGGGAACAUGGUCAUCUACAUCCUGUACUACUGCGGAGUCAAGCUCCACUACUGGCUCAUCUUGAAGCAGCCCAAUGAAAAAAUCAGUCCGCAGUGCGCCAUUUACCUUUUGCUGAGCUUAGUGUUUGUGGGCGGCGGAAUCUCGUUGUUCACCAUGAGCCUCAAGAACUCGGCCCUGUCGCCGGCCCAAUCGCGCGAUAUGAAUGGGCCGUGCGCGGUGCUGUUCUUCGACUACCACGACCUGUGGCAUUUCCUCUCUGCCGCCGGUCUUUACACCACUUUCAUGAUGGUCAUGACACUGGAGGACGAGAAUCUGGACACGGAGUGGCACAACAUCCACGUGUUCUAACCAAAAGACAAAGACGAGAGAACGAAAGAGAGACACAUCCAAAGACAAGUGCCUAUGACGAGAUUACUAAUAUUGUUGUUGUCACUAUCAUCAAAACAGAAGUGCCUAGGACGAGAUCACUUGAAACGAAGAGAAAGUUGAACCAAGAAAACUCUACUAUAUACACGUGCAUACUAGAAACAAUAAUUUAGAUCCUGGCUGGGUACAAUCUGAUUUCUUGGACGUGCUUUCAAUUUGAAUGUGAAUGGAUUUCGACCACGCGUGCCAAAUCCCUCGUCCAUUCCAUGACCGAUGGACUUGAUAGUGUUGCCAUCUCACAUCACGAUAUUAUGCAUCAUCCUCCAUAUUGUGCCCAGUACCAAUCGGAAUGGAGUUGCCUCCCACAUCUUUACAAAUGAUAUAUAGAUGUAUGUAUUGUUUUAUCUUGUUUCAUGCAUGAUGUGAACCCAUAAGCAAGGUAAAAAAAAAACCUGUCAAAAAUCACUUUUUAUUGGCACUGGAAGUAAUUGCUACUUGAAUAAAACUUGUUAACAAGCGCAAUCAAA